GAGCUGCUGGACCACUGCAUGGUGGACGUCGCGAUGGGCUGGAACAGCCUGGCGGAGCAGAGCCCCAGCCUCGCCGCGGCAGGGAAGCUCUCGCUCCGGUUCACCCUCCGGUCCGACCACGGCGAGGAGGACCUGGUGAGGUGUUUGCCGCUGGGGCAGUGGCCGAUGCCGCCCACCACGCAGACGUUGCUCAGCGGGCUCUAUACGCUGAGGACCUCGGACAAGGUCGCGGAGCUGUGCGUGGGCGCUGCCGGCUGGUGGCGCGCGCGAGAGCGGGUGCCCGUCGAGGCCUGCGUCGAGCCUGGCCCCCCCGAGCUGCGGGCGCUGGGGCCCGGCGCGCUCUGCAGGCAGGCUGGCCGGGCGGUGCUGCUGAAGGAGCCGGGCGACGACGGCGACGUGGUGAGCCUGCGCGCCCGAGUGCACCCGGAGGGGUGGGUGAGCCUCGCGCAGUGGUUCCCCAGCGCGGGCGGGGACUCCCAGUUCAGCAGCGCCUUCUGGGAGCCUCUGUCCGCUGAGCUCGGCCACUCUGGGUGGAACCACUUCAUGCAGGAGCCGGAGGCGCGCCACCUGGACGUGCUGCGGCGCCACGCGGCCGACGCGUGCGCCCGCUUCGAGAGGGAGCAGGCGGAGCUGAGGGAGUUGGCGCAGUCCUGGGCCAAGACCGCCAGCGAGGCCGUGGACGACGACGAGCAGGGUCUCGUCAGGGCUGCCGGCCUUGACGCCCCUGGUUCACGUGCCGAGAUCCGCGCCGCCGCGGUCGCCAGCAGAGAUAAGGCGCGCGAUCAAGCGAUCUUCUGCCUGCAGCACUACGUCCAGGCUGCAAGCGAGAGCCUCGUGCUGCCGCCCAAGGAGGAGCAGCGCCCCGAGCGGGCCUCCUGCAGCCGGGAGUGGCAGGCUCGGGAGGCGGAGAGGCGGCUGCGGGAGAUGCAGCCGCCGAGAGGUUUCGGCGAGUGGGCGGCGUGCGACGCGGGGGCGGUGCUGAGGCGGGUGGCCAAGGCGCGCGACGCCUCGAAGGAGGCCAGCGCGGAGGCCAUCGUGGCCGAGUGCAAGCUCCGAGUCGCUAGGAACAUGGAGCGCCGCGCCGAGGAGAUCGCAGCGCUGGAGCUGGCGUGGCGUGGCAAGCGGAAGACGGCACAGAGCAAAGACAAGGUUUUCCAGGACGAGAUCUCCCGGCUCUCGAGGCUGAGCGCCCACCUGCCAGAGCUCCUGCCAGACCUGCUGUCGAGGGCGAACGACUACGUCAAGAAGGAGCUACUGGCCCUCGGACCGCUGGACCAGUCCAGGUUUCUGGAGAUCUUCGCCAUGGAGCGCAGCCUCGCGCACUACGACGCGGAGCUGGACCGCAUGGAGAAGCUGUCCGGAUCCGGAGCGCGCCACGCAGUGCAUGGCACCACUCACGACGGCAAGCGUUGUGUGUUGAAGGUCUUCGACCUGAAGGACAAGGCCAAUCUGGCUGGCUUCGUCAAGGAGGUGGUCCUCCACAGGCGGCUGAACCCGGGCGGGCCGCCGAGGCGCGCCGGGCAGAGGCCCGGCCCCGCGGAGCCGGCGCCCCGCCUGGUGGUGCCGCUGCGGCAGGCGUUCCUCGACCUCAGCCCCGAGCGCGGGGCCAUCGGCAUCCUGCACUUCGACCGCUACCUGUGCGACCUGGACGAGUGGGGCCGGGACCACGCGAGGAAGGAGGAGGAUCCGCCGGGUGCUGUGCGCCUUAUGUCCUUCAAGAUGGUGCAGUCCGUUGGCUACAUCCAUUCCCUCGGGAUCGUCCACGGCGACCUGAAGCCCUCCAACUGGCUCUUCGACGAGGAGAACAAG